UAGGAAACAAGGAAGAGAGGCUGCACUUGGACGCCAUGCUUGAAGCAACUCUGAGCCUCUUAGAUGUCACAGAAGGACGACUCUGAAAAUGACAUCUGGGAAUACAAACCUCUUGAGAAGAAGAAGAAAAAACGCGAAUCAGCCUCUGCAGCUGUGACUAAAAGAAGAUGUACUGCCAGCAAAGCCUGCAGGAGAGACUCUGCUGUCCCAGUCAAUGCACCUGGUGUGAAGUUUAAGACAGCUGAAAGUGGGGAUUGCAGUAACAAGGGAUCACAUGAUCUACCCUCAAAGUCCUCUCCUGCUAGUGACACAGUGCAAACCGACCAUGGAGACUUUUGCCCCAUGUGUCAGAUGCCCUUUUCCAUUUUGGUGGUGCAGACUCAAAGGUGGCAUGUUGCUGAGUGUCUUGACAUAUCCAGGGACACAUGCAAAGAAUGUCCAGAUGGCCUUCAGUGCUUCACUACCAUUCCAAACCAUUAUAAGAAAUUCAACCACACCCUCCUGGCCCAUAGUCGAGCCAACAGUGGCACAGCCCUCCUCAGUCUAUCCCAGCAGGAAGAGACGAGCGGGAAGACCGGCCCCAGUUGUCUCCCAGGAAUGAUAAACAAUGAGGUGGAUGACUCUAUUUCAGAGACUUCACAGGACAGUGCUCUCUGUCUUUCUGUCUUAUCCAAUCUUAGUGUCUCCCCUCACGGUAAUCACAUUGGAACACCUCCAUCUAAACUUACAAAUGGACUUCUGCUACUGCGCUCACCUGGCCCAGAGGAUUUCAAGAAAAAGAAAGGCUGGUCGACCUCCACUAAACAAACAUCCAGCCAAACAUCUAUCAGUUCUUCAAAAGAAAGUAGAACAGAGCUUUCGUCCACUCCUGUCAAUGCAGAGAGUGGAAGACAAGCCUGUGAAGUUUUACUCAAAAGUGAGUCUUCCCCUGACAACAAUGAUGCAAUAUCCUAUUCUCCUCUUUCUGAAUUCCCAGCAGAGACUGAAGUCAAUAGAAGUGAAUGUCGAAAAGCACUUUUUAAUAAAGAUGCAUUUGAAAGUGUUAAUGAAAGCUCCAUGGUGCUGUUCAGUGACGGUUUCCCAAGUGAAGAUGAGCUCUUCACUGAUUUUAUAGAUAAUUUGGAAAGCAAUAAUGUGCAGGUUAAGGAGCCUGCAACCUUAAACUCCCAGCUGUAUUCAGUUACCUCAUCGCCGCCCACUAAUCAGCCUGCUGCCUCUACAGUUGCUGAAAACAGAGUUGAUUCCAAAGAUGUAAAAGAAGCUCAUGGUAAAUCUACCAGCGCCAUCAGUCCAUGUAAAAGCAGCAUUCAGUCACCUCAAAGUAUUGUUUUAGAGCGCCUGAGAGAAACUCUUUUAAGCUCCGAUAGCCUGCCUUUAAAAAACUUGAAUGACAGCAGUAUUCCAGGGCCUUCAUCACAAGCCACCAUUGUCCAAAUAUCUCAAACUAUACCGCCACAGAAGGGCCAGAUCAAGGCAGGCCAGGCCUCCUGUCUGAAGCAGACGGACAUUGGGGUGUUUUUUGGCAUCAAACCCCUCAAAGAGAAGGAGAAAGUGGCUGAGAGUGGACCAAAUGAACUCAACACCACCUCCGUUCCAAUACUUGGUGAAAACUCAGGACAGAAACGAAUAAGGAAAGAGAGGCAAAGAAAAAGUAGGGCUGACACAGUCGCAGACACCUCACAGGGCACAGUGGCUGGAGAGAGUAGUAAUGUAGGGACCGCUCAGGGGGAUGCAGGUAAAGGUAGGACCAGAGGAUGGAGAGGAAGCAGAUGGAACAGAAGGAACGCUGAUGGAGAAGUGGAGUUACCACGCUGUCCCUUCUACAAGAAGAUUCCAGGCACAAAGUUCGUCAUAGAUGCCUUUCAGUAUGGAGAGAUCCCGGGCAUCACUGCCUACUUCCUAACACAUUUCCACUCGGACCACUACGGAGGGUUGACCAAGAAGUUCACAUUGCCUAUCUACUGUAACAGAAUUACAGGGAACUUGGUGAAGAGCAAGCUAAGGGUGGCCGAGCAGUAUGUCCACAUCCUCCCCAUGAACACCCAGGUCACCGUCGAGGGAGUCACGGUCAUCCUGCUGGAAGCCAACCAUUGUCCAGGAGCUGCCAUGCUGCUGUUCUUCCUGCCCGAUGGACAGACGGUCCUCCACACUGGAGACUUCAGAGCUGAUCCCUCAAUGGAGACCUACCCUGAAUUACUCCAAUGCAGGGUGCAGACACUCUACUUGGACACCACCUACUGCAGCCCUGAGUACACCUUCCCCAGACAGCAAGAGGUCAUCAACUUUGCAGUCAACACAGCCUUUGAGCUGGUGACGCUCAACCCACGUACACUUGUGGUGUGUGGAUCCUACUCCGUGGGAAAAGAGAAGGUCUUUCUGGCUCUGGCAGAGGUCCUGGGGUCCAAAGUGUGUCUCUCUCGAGACAAAUACAACACCAUGUGCUGUCUGGAGUCGGAGCAAGUCAGACAAUGUAUAACCACCAACGGGAAGGCAGCCCAGGUCCAUGUGCUACCCAUGAUGCAGCUCUCCUUCAAAAAACUGCAGGAUUACCUGGCACGCUUCUCAGGACAGUAUGAUCAGCUGGUGGCCUUCAAGCCCACAGGCUGGACCUUCAGCCAGCAGGUGGAAUCAGUGGAAGAUAUUCAGCCUCAGAUCAGUGGCAACAUCUCUAUCUAUGGAGUCCCAUACAGCGAACACAGCAGCUUUCUGGAGUUGAAGCGUUUUGUCCAGUGGAUUCAGCCGCUGAAGAUCAUCCCUACAGUGAACAACGGCAGCUGGGAGAGCAGGAAGGCUAUGGAGAAGUGCUUUAGUGAGUGGCUCAUGGAAACUAAAACUAAACUGUAGCUUAUUUACAGGUCAAAUUUGUUUGCAGUUGAACAUAAAUUGCAUCUGCUGCUCUUUUGGUAAGAAAAGCAAAACCAAUUACUUCUCAGUACUGUAUGACCAUGGGAAAACAAAUAUAAUACUUUUAAUUCUUUUCCUAAAGUGGCUUGCCUCAGAACACUAGCAUUUCAAUGCAGAGCGAGGGGGUUGUGAUGAAGUAUGUGAACAUGAACUGCAAUCAUGUUUAUGAAAAAAAAAGGUCAAGUAUAUGCCCUUGAACCAAUUUAUUAUAAAGGUUCUGCUUUUAUUCACAAUGGGCUGAAUUAAAAUGGCCGACAAUUCUGAAAGCUGUUUAAACAUAUGAAAACAUUAUCUGAGGUCAUACACGCAUCAUUUCUACAAUAAGACUUAGACUUAUGUAUUAUUACACUAUGGAACUGAAUUAAUUGGAUGUGUUCACUGCCCGCUGUGGCCACUUCCACCCUUACUGUUGUUUGCCAACAAUAUACUGCAAGUGCUGAUUUAGAACUGUGCAAUUUCGUAACUAUCUACUUUUUUCUAUUUAACAAUGUUU